CAUGUGUGUGCGUGUGUGUAUGUGUGACAUUGUGAUGUAAUAAGAGCACGUAACCUUAUUUCUAGAAAAAUUUGGAGGAUUAGUGUUUAUAAUAUUCUGAGAUUUAUUUAAUCAUCAAAAGAAAUCAUGUCGCGAGUACCAGACAUUCCAGACACUUCAGCCUUGAAGGGUGGAGGAGAUAGACCCAUGAGCAUAGUUCGUCGUAUGGACCGUGAAAGAGAACGGAUGCUGGGGAUGACAGAUGAGGAGCGUGCUUGGAGAAAGAAAUGGUUAGAUGCACAAAAGCUUGCUCCAGAGGAGCCGGUGACACCAGUAGGUUACUACAAAGAGAUGUACAAUCCGAUCAGGCGAUUUUACAGUGCGCCUAUGAACAAAGUUCAAAAUAUGAUGGAGCCAUUUAUGGGCCACGCGGCUGCAUAUGUAACACGACACAUUAUAUCCAAAAGCAUAAUGAGUAUUUUUGCAAUCUAUUGCAUAUAUUAUCACUUGAAGUAUAAUCCAAUGAAAUGGACAAGACAAGGUGGAUGGAAAAUUACUGUAUCAAGACCCAAGAUGUAUCCUGAUACAAAAGAUUUGGAUGCUUUAUAUCGAACAAAGGGUAAUCAGUUUUAUGUGAAUGGUUUCGAUAAAUCUCCUAUAUAAAUUUUAGAAAUAUAUAUGCUAUCUUUUAUAUAUAGUUAUUUAAUUAAUAUAAAUUAGUGUUAUUAGAGGACACAAUGUUAUUAAUAAAAACUAAUAUAGAUACAAUGUUCCAUA